CUGGAGGACCAUCCUUUCGCCCCUCUCCUGGGUCCACUCGACUCUGGGCCAGACAGAUCGGAGCCACCGUGAGCCGGGAUCCCUCAACCUCACGUCACGACCCGGGCUUGCCCGUCGAGAGCCGCGCCACGUCCCGGAGGCUUCUGGGAGGAGCAGCCUGAGCUCGCAGUGCGCAGGCGCCAGCGCGCGCGUUCCAGGCCGCGGCCGUGCUGAGUUCCUUGGAGGAAAUUACUUCGUGGACAAGAAUCACGUACCUUCAAUUCAGGGUGUGUGACAAGCACAAGCGGCUAUGAGAAACCACAGGAUGGAUGCCGUGCCACUUCCUAAAGCAGUCCACUUGACUUGAGGAAUCAGAAAGGAAGAAUCUGGCCCACCUUCUCAGUGCUCUGCCCUCCUCCAGCUGUGAGCCCGCAAGAGGGAGGAGAGGAUGCCUGCAGCUCGGGGGAAGUCCAAGUCCAAGGCGCCAGUGACGUUUGGGGAUUUGGCCAUCUACUUCUCCCAGGAAGAGUGGGAAUGGCUGAGCCCCAUACAGAAGGAUCUGUAUGAAGACGUCAUGUUGGAAAACUACCAGAACCUGGUUUCUCUUGGACUUUGCUUUCGGAGACCAAAUGUAAUCACCUUAUUGGAGAAAGGGAAAGCGCCCUGGAUGGUGGACCCAGUGAAAAGACGCCGGGGCUUGGACUUAGGGUCUAAAGGUGAGACCAAGAAGUUACCUCCAAAUCAGUGCAGCAAAUCUGGGCAAAGCAUCUUUCAGAAACCCGUUUCCACGCCACAAAAAGUUCCCACAGGAAAGAAAGGCUUCAGGAAAAAUUCAGUCCUAAUAAAACCCAAGAAAGUACACUCAAAGAAGAAAUCUUUAAAAUGUAAUGACUGUGGGAAGUUCUUUAGUCAAAGCUUAUCUCUUAAAUUUCAUCAGAAUUCUCAUGCUGGGGAGAAGCCUUAUGAAUGCAGUAGUUGUAGAAAAGCUUUCAGACAGAUCUCAUCCCUCAUUCUUCACCAGAAAAUUCACAAUGGAAGGAAAAGCUUUGAAUGUGAUAAAUGCGGGGAAAUCUUCAUUCAGAGGACAUCCCUGCUCCUACAUGGGAAAAUUCAUGGUGAAAAGGAAGUCUUUGACUGUGGGAAGGCCUUGAAUCAGUGCUCAUCUCUCAGUAUACAUCAGAAAAUCCACUUUGUUGAAAAUGUCUACCAGUGCAGAAAAUGUAAGAAAGACUUCAUUCGCAUGUCAUCUUUUUUACUUCAUAAGAAAAUUCACAGUGGAAAGAAAAUACACAAAUGCAAUAAAUGUGGGAGAGCCUUCAGUAAGAAAUCAGUCCUUGUUAUACAUAAAAGAAUUCAUACUGGAGAGAAAACUUGUGAAAAGGCCUUAAGUCACAGUCUACAGCAGAGAAGUCACCAUUUAGAGAAUCCUUAUAAAUGCAGAAAAUGUGGGAAAUCCUUUAAUAGAAUUUCAUCCAUUAUGCUUCAUCAGAGAAUUCACAAUUCAAAGAAACCCUACAAAUGCAAUAAAUGUGAGAAGAUCUUCAGGCGGCUUUCAACCCUUAUUCUACAUCUAAGAAUUCAUAAUAAAGAGAAACUAUACCAGUGUAAUAAAUGUGAGAAGGUCUGCAAUCGGCAUUCAUCCCUUAUCCAACACCAAAAAGUUCAUACAAAGAAAAAGAAACUGUUUGAAUGUAAAGAGUGUGGGAAGAUGUUUUCUGGAACUGCCAACCUUAAAAUACAUCAGAACAUUCAUUCUGAAGAGAAACCCUUCAAAUGCAAUAAGUGUAGUAAAGUUUUUGGCCGCCAGUCAUUUCUUAUUGAACACCAGAGAAUUCAUACUGGAGAAAAACCCUAUCAGUGUGAGGAGUGUGGAAAAGCCUUCAGUCACCGCAUCUCUCUUACGAGACAUAAGAGAAUUCAUAGUGAAGACAGACCCUAUGAAUGUGAUCAGUGUGGGAAGGCCUUCAGUCAGAGUGCACACCUUGCCCAACAUGAAAGAAUUCACACUGGAGAGAAACCAUACACAUGUAAGACAUGUGGGAAGGCCUUUAGCCAGCGGACAUCCCUCAUCCUCCAUGAAAGAAGUCACACUGGAGAGAAACCCUAUGAAUGUAAUGAAUGCGGGAAGGCAUUUAGCAGCGGCUCCGAUCUUAUUCGGCAUCAGAGAAGUCAUUCCUCGGAGAAACCCUAUGAAUGUAGUAAAUGUGGAAAGGCAUACAGUCGGAGCUCAUCCUUGAUUCGACAUCAGAAUACACAUUCUGAGGAAAAGGCUUAAGAUCGUUUUAAAUAUGUAAAAGCAGAGAGGGAGGCCAGCAAAGUAGCAGAGACAGAGGUAUGGGAAAACGCAUGUCUGUAACACAAACUGUGUAAAAAUGGGGCAGUUUGAUGAUGUGUCCCACUUUGAAAGCCAAAGAACAAAAGUAAUUGAUGAUUUGACCAGAGGAUUUGAAAUCAAAUGAAGCAGUGACUUUAUCAUACAUCUUAGUUUCAAAAUAACAAGCUCAGAUGAUUGGGUCAGUCAUUUUUAAUGAAGAGCAUUCUUCAUUUGAUAAAAAUAACCGAUACUUUAUUUUCAUUGUAACUUUAAAGCUAUUUCAUUGGUUAUGUACAACAAAGUAAAUUGUAAAUCAUUUUUCUGGAUGGAGCUGUGAGCCUGACUUAAGGUCAUGUGAAAAAAGAGUUUGAGUUUGUCCCUUAGAAGUAUCACAGAAGGGAUUUUCUCACAAACCAGGGUGCCAUUUUCAGCUAACAGUAACUUGUGGGUGAGAAUAAAGAAGACUGAGUAAAGAGAUCGAUAUGAAGAUAUAUGAUCUUCAUGGUAUGAAAAAUCUAACAAGCCUGGGACAAGCUAAUGGGGAAAAAAACAGGAUGUACUGAAGAAUGAGGAACUUCAGAAUGGGGAGAACUUAUUUUGUUUGUAUAUGAAUUUAUAUUUAUAUGAAUAAACAUUGGUAUUUUUAUGUAAGAACACUGGUGUGCAACAAGUGAUUGGUGGAGAAUGGGAUGUUGUGGACUGAAUUCAUGUUAAAAACCUAACCCCCAAUGUGACUGUACUUGAGUUGAGGCCUUUUGGGAUAAAGUAAGGGUUAGAUGAGGUCUCGAGGAUGUGGUCCUCAUAAUAGGAAUGGUGUUUGUAAAAGAAGAGACGCCAGAGGCCUCUGCCGUGCAAGGACACAAGGAGACAAACUAGCGCUCACCAGUUUCCAGCCUGUGUCAUCCUGACCUCAGACUUCCAGCCUCCAAAACCGUGAGAAAUGAAUUUACGUCACUCAGUUUGUGAUGUUUCGUUAUGGCAAACUAAACUUAAUACAUGAGAAAAACCCUGCAUUUCUGUGCCAGGCUCUUUUCUUGUCAGCUGUUCACCAUGUAUACAACAGUGUUCAGUCCCUCUUUCCGGUUUGUGCAAAAUAUGUGAGAAAUAAAAUCAGAGUUCUUUUUUGGAACUGGGUUAUAUACA